CCGACGAGCGAGCGUCUCUCUCGGGCGGCGCGCUCUCCCCAUCCAUCCCUCAGCAGCCUGCAGGAUGGAAAGUGAGCUCACCAAGCUGUGCUGCUUCCACUCGUCGACACUUUACUGCGCUGUCGUCUCACGGUGACACCUUUGCCGUUUUCACUUGUUAACUUCGUCACUAGUGAUCAUUUAACAGACUCGCCUUUUUUUAAAGGGAAAAAGAGAAAGAAAAGAAUAGAACACGACUUAAACGGAACUAAACUGCCGUGGAAGAAGGUCGCCUUUUUUGGAUGGAGAAUUUCCGAUCGUUAGCGAAUGAGCUGAAGUCAAGCUGGUUGUGAAGGUGCAGGAUUUGUUCCCGCCUACACCCCAGGUCGGAGACACCAUGGCAGCGGGCGUGGCGGCAUGGCUUCCCUUUGCUCGGGCGGCAGCCAUUGGCUGGAUGCCUGUGGCUAAUCUGCCCAUGCCGGUGGCGCCGACCCAAAAGAACAAGCGUCAGGAUGAGUUAAUUAUUCUAAACGUUAGCGGACGGCGCUUCGAAACCUGGAAGAACACAUUGGACCGCUAUCCGGACACCCUGCUGGGAAGCUCCGAGAAGGAGUUCUUCUACAAUGAAGAGACCAAAGAGUACUUCUUCGACCGGGAUCCCGACGUGUUUCGCAGCGUGCUCAACUUCUAUCGCACCGGAAAGCUUCACUACCCUCGCUCUGAGUGCAUCUCCUCCUACGAUGAGGAACUGGCAUUCUUUGGCAUCGUCCCAGAGAUCAUCGGCGACUGCUGCUACGAAGAGUACAAGGACAGGAAGAGGGAGAACGCCGAGCGUCUGAUGGAUGACCAAGAGGACAACAAGGACGCGAAGCUGCCCAACAUGACCUUUAGGGAGACCAUGUGGCGGGCUUUUGAGAACCCUCACACUUCUACCAUGGCGCUGGUCUUCUACUACGUCACUGGCUUCUUCAUCGCGGUGUCCGUCAUCACCAAUGUGGUCGAGACGGUGCCGUGCGGCUCGGGGUUCAAUAAGAAGGAAGUGCCGUGCGGCGAACGUUACACGGUAGCUUUCUUCUGCAUGGACACGGCGUGCGUCAUGAUCUUCACCGUGGAGUACCUGAUGCGCUUGUUCGCCGCGCCGAGCCGCUACCGCUUCAUGAGGUCCGUCAUGAGCAUCAUCGACGUGGUGGCCAUCUUGCCCUACUACAUCGGCCUGGUGAUGACUGAUAACGAGGACGUGAGCGGCGCCUUUGUGACGCUGCGAGUUUUCCGAGUGUUCCGUAUCUUUAAGUUCUCCCGCCACUCGCAGGGCCUUCGCAUCCUGGGCUACACGCUAAAGAGCUGUGCCUCAGAGCUGGGAUUCCUGCUCUUCUCCCUCACUAUGGCCAUAAUUAUAUUUGCUACAGUCAUGUUCUACGCAGAGAAGGGUUCAAGCUCCAGCAAAUUCACCAGCAUCCCAGCCUCCUUCUGGUACACCAUCGUUACUAUGACAACACUUGGAUAUGGAGACAUGGUUCCGAAAACCAUCGCAGGGAAGAUCUUUGGUUCAAUCUGCUCUUUGAGUGGGGUGCUGGUAAUCGCCCUGCCUGUUCCUGUCAUCGUGUCCAACUUUAGCCGCAUAUAUCACCAGAACCAGAGAGCAGACAAACGACGGGCGCAGAAGGUACAGAAAGCCCGCUUGGCCAGGAUUCGAAUUUCCAAGACAGGAAGCUCCAAUGCCUUCCUCCACAGCAAGCGCAACGGCCUCUUCAACGAAGCGUUGGAGCUUACGCAACUUCCAUACAAGAUGAACCUCUCUGAUCAGGGUUCUACUGAGGAGGAAAAACAGUUAAGUAAGUCUACCUCUCUCCUCGAGAGCCAGCAUCAUCACCUGCUGACCUGCCUGGAGAAAACCACUAACCACAAAUUUGUGGAUGAGCAGUAUUACCAACAGAGCUACCUGGAGGCGAGCCUUCAUAAUUACCCGUCUCGGAGCCCGUCUCUUUCCAGCCAAGAGGGCGUCACGGGCACUUGUUGCACCCGCAGAAGCAAGAAGAACCACAGCCCUCUCCCGAAUUCCAGUGACCCGGCACACAUGCAGCCUUUGACGCACGCGCACCAACAAGGAUUGCAGGAGCUCAGCACCAUCCAUAUUCAGCCCCUCAGCACCAGCCGCUCCAGUUUGAACAUGCGCAUGGAUGAGCCAGCACUACUCAACUGUCAGGCCAGCCAGAUCACCACGGCGAUCAUCAGCAUUCCCACGCCCCCGGUGACGACCCCUGAGGGCGACGCCCAUCUUCCUGCAGCCCCCACCCACCAGAACGUUGUGAAAGUGUCCGCAUUGUGAACAUGCAGGCGUGUCGUACUCAGAGACUGAACAAAACUCACCGACGCUGAAUUGAGGGAUAAAGGGGAAAGAAAACCCAGCAGGAAAAUAGGAGUUGCGGUUUUCAGAGACUGAGUUUGGUCGUGGUGGAGCCUGCCCUCUGCUGGUCAUGUACUGCAACAACACUAACUUCUUGUACAGAAGAGGGACAGCUUUCAGAUACAGUGCACCCAUGUCCAUAUAAAGUGCGUGUGUGCGUGCGCGUGUCACUGAGCACAAAGCACCUUUUUAUGAUUUUUUUUUUUGCAUCAGUUUGACUCUUCCGUAGGCAGAAGCUGGUCAAGAAAGAAUCAAUAUAAUGCAUUAUUGUGCCCUUUUACUUUGUGUCAUUCUGCUUCACUGCUGAUUAACACAUCAAUCCUUAUCACUUGCAGUCUCUCCCAACUUGAGGAGAAAAGAAGUACCUAUGAUAUGUAUGUCUGUAUUGCCAGCAAUUGUGUUUCAAAAUUGUGAAUGAGUGUGUGCAUUUUCUUAGAAGAAUUGUGAUGUUUUGGGUCCAGGGUAUGUGCCUGUAUUGGAGCGUCAUCUCGGGUGACUGAACUUUCAAUUCUUCUGGAAGUCCAUCUAUGGCUCCGUAUACAUUCUAUUUGACUAGCUGCCACUCUCAAGGUUCAAACCACAAAUUUGUAUCCAAAAUCCUCAGCUCUGAGCCUUUUUAUACAACACGUGCCUGUCAAUUGAUGUCAAUGUUAAAAUAGUCAAGAAUAUUAUUUUUAUUCCGCGACAAAAAUGUCAAAUUACAGUCUUUGUGUUGCAAUCCUAAUUGAUGUCAAUUGGUCGGAAUAUCCCUUUUGACUGGAGACGCACCUCAAAAUGACAAAAUUGUUGAACACAUACAAUUUUUUUUUUUUUUUUUUGAAUGGGAAGCCACCCAAAUUAAAAGCACAAGGCAUUCGCUGAGAAUUUUGGACACAAAAAUUGUUCUGAGCCCAGGUCCUUUGUGAGUAUUGUUAAUAGAAUAUUUUGUAAUAUUUGACCAUUGUUUGGCAGAACCAGUGAAGCUGUGCUCUCUCUGUUUCUCUCUCGCUCUCCUCUCUCUCUCUCUCUCUCUCUCUUGCUCGCUCUCUCUCAAUCCUUUGUUUGUAUUUUUUCUCUCUCUCUGUCAUUGUUGUCCACUUGUAUUCCUUAUCCCUCCCGUGUGACCUACAUGCUUGCAGUAGUCUUUAUAGCUGUCAAGCAGCGUUCUUUCUUCCCCGAACUCAGUGGGCAUUUUUCAAAGUUGUUGAUAAUGUGUACUUCGUGUUGUUAGAAAACUUUGGUGUUUGUACUUUUUGUCCCUCCUUGAUGUUCCAUUUCUUUCACCUACUUCAUUUUCAGGAGACGCAGGCAGUGGGAUCUAGUUUGUUGGUUGCUAUGGCGACAUGAAGGACACUUAUUGAACCGGGCCCGGAGCUCUCUGUCAACGUCGAGUAACGUUAGAUUCCCACAAAGCCCGCUGACGUCGGACGUUUCAGGUGUGCUCACCUCCGAGCUGAGCCUCCCACACGGCCUUUUGUCCUUUUGAAUGUUAGUCCAACAGCUUUGUACCGCUGUCGGGGAUCCAAUUUCCAUCCCAAUCUUGCUGUUUAUCGAUGAAGAAAUGUCCAUCACGAGCCCACGGGCAGUGGACCGACAUAUCACAAUGAGAAUAUGGACAAGUGUGCGCAGCAAGUCAUCUAGCUAGUGCUUAGGUGAUGUGGAUCUAGAUUUUGGUUGUAUUGUCAAAUUAUCAUCACAGCCAAUAUUUAUAAAUAAAGAUGAUUUAAUCGACAUCAUAGGUGAACUUUAGAAUCACAAUGUGCAAUGUGCAUUUGUACUU